UCUUCGUCUUUUCUUCGCGAGUGGUGAAUCCUCCGGUUAUCGCUGCCAUCCUGACUUUGGCUGCACCGAUUUCGAAAUUCUUGGGGAGAGGACCUUCGUGGUUACUGAUUCUUAACUAGUGAUGGUGUUCCUCCGUGCUGGGGGGACGUAUCGGAGUUAACAGCUUGACUCCCUGAUGCUGUCGGGCCUCUGCCGCCGGCAGAGGGGCGAGAUGCGCGGGAAUGGGGGUGGCAGAGGUACAGGCAGUUUGUGGUCGGUGCUGACUCCUGAGGUCCAGUGUCUCGCGGUGACCUCUAAAAAUGGUUCGCUAUUCACUCGACCCAGAAAACCCCACAAAAUCAUGCAAAUCAAGAGGUUCAAAUCUUCGUGUUCACUUUAAGAACACUCGUGAAACUGCCCAGGCCAUUAAGGGUAUGCAUAUUCGAAAAGCCACCAAGUAUCUGAAAGACGUCACUCUACAGAAGCAAUGUGUGCCAUUCCGGCGUUACAAUGGUGGAGUCGGUAGGUGUGCCCAGGCCAAACAGUGGGGCUGGACACAGGGUCGGUGGCCCAAAAAGAGUGCUGAAUUUUUAUUGCACAUGCUUAAAAAUGCAGAGAGUAAUGCUGAACUUAAGGGCUUAGAUGUAGAUUCUCUGGUCAUUGAGCACAUCCAGGUGAACAAAGCCCCCAAGAUGCGGCGCAGGACUUACAGAGCUCAUGGUCGAAUCAACCCUUACAUGAGUUCUCCCUGCCACAUUGAGAUGAUCCUUACUGAAAAAGAGCAGAUUGUUCCUAAGCCAGAAGAGGAGGUUGCACAGAAGAAAAAGAUAUCCCAGAAGAAACUGAAGAAGCAAAAACUUAUGGCCCGGGAAUAAAUUUCACAAAAAUAAAUGCAAAUAAAAGUAAAAGA